AUGUUAAAAACUAAAAAUUUUCUCCAAAUUGAAAAAAUAGAUAAUAUUGAUUGGCCUAUCUUUAAAUGUAGUCAAUAGCGUAAUAAUGCAUUUUGGGAGAAAAAAAUAGACCAGAAGCUAGAUGCAAAUUUAAUAAUCAUUAAAGACAACCUCGUUAGAAUUGGAAAAAAUAAAUCUGUACCUAAGAAAUACACCUAUUUAUUACUAAAAUCUGGAACAUUAAUGUACUAGGAUUCUAAAAUAAAAGGUAAAAUACAAUUAAAUCUUUAAAUAUUUAUUAAGAAAAUUGAAUUAACUAAUGAAGAGGAUCAUAAUCAAUAAAAAAUUAUUGCCAUUCGCAUUUAAAAAUAUUAAAAUUGCGUUUUAUAUAUCUGGAAUCCAGAAAAUCAGUAUGAUUAUUUAUUUAUUAUUAGUAUAGAGCAUGCACGAUAAAUUGGUAUAAGAAAUUAGCACAAUUUUGUGUUUCUUAAAAUUUUGAAGGAUUUUAUAAAAUCUUGGAACCAAUUGAUCAAGGUGCUUUUAGUUCUGUCUUUUUAGUCUCUUAGUUGAUACCAGAGGAAUUAAGAAACAAAAAGUUUGCAGCUAAAAUUUAUUCUUAAUCUUUAUAAUAAAAAAUUCCAGCUAAUUAAAUGAGAGUAAUAGUUAUGAUUAUAUAGGAUUUUGUGACUUCUGAGUGUUAAAUUCUAAAAAUGGCAAAAUCGGACUUCAUUGUGGAACUUUAUGAAGUGAUUUAAUUAGAGGACGUCGUUAUUUUGAUUUUAGAAUACAUUUAAGGAGGAACAUUAUCAAAUUUGAUUAAACAAAAUGAAAUCCAUGAAUUGAUGUCAAGUGAGAUUUGUCAUUAAAUCAUAUUAGGGUUAAAAGAAAUACAUAGGUAUUAUUUAUAGUAUAUUUAUUGAUGCGGCUAUGUGCACAGAGACAUAAAAUUAGAUAAUAUUUUAAUUGCUCAAUUUAAUCCUAUAUAAGUAAAAAUAAUUGAUUUUGGAUUUGCUGAGAAAAUCAAUAAGAAUUUGCUUAUUAAUAAAUAAGGAACCCCAGGAUAUAUUGCACCAGAACUAUUUGACUUAGCUCCCUACACAGAGAAUUGUGAAAUAUUCAGUUUAGGCAUUUUAUUUUAUAUUUUACUAUGUGGAAAUUUUCCAUUCAGAAGCACUAAUUAUGAAGGUAGAAUUAGUAUCUUAUUAUAAAAGUGCUGCUAGAGAGAAAUAAAUAGUGUUAGAUCAGAUUAUAGUUAGAUGAAUGGAAAAAUAUCUCUUCCUCUGCAUAAAGGAUGGUAUAAAGGAUGCUUGAAAAAGAUCCUAUUCGAAGGAUAACUUUUUCUGAAUUAACAAUACUCUUAGAAUUACAUAUUAGCAAUUUAAAAUCUAAAGGAUCUCAUUUAAGAUAGAAUCUCAAUUAAUCAGCAAACUCAUCUAAUAUUAGAGGAAUAACAUAUGAAAUAAUUGAAAAAUCUCCUAGCAAAUUAGCUUAAGCUAUAAAGGAUAAUUAUGAUGACGAUGUCGGUUUAGAUGAAAACAGCCUGAAUAACCAAUUUAUUAGGAAUCUUCAAUAAUCAUACAAAUAUUAUAAUAAUUAAAAAUGGAUAUCUUAAUGA